AUGUCAUCUUCAGUUCAGCAGAUUCAACAGCAACAGUCCGCCGGAUCAGUAGCUGGUGCAGGACCAGAUGAGGUUUAUCAACACGGGACAAUAGGAACGUUUCUAAGGCAGGAGUUGGAAGGUGGAUUUUCGAGCUUCAUUCGAUGUGUCUAUAAAGCGAAACGAGUCAACAACAACACUGUAACUUUGGUAUGCGAACGUGACCAAGGCUGCUGCGAACACGGCUGUUGCCCAAAGGAUCAACACUGGAUGGCCGGCGUUUACGUCCUUUUGGCAUUUGUACUACUGGUAUUCGUCGUCGGUACAGUACUGAUGAUUGUGUGCUAUCAGCGAUCGAAAAACAAGCAACGAAAAGAACUACGAGAAGCUACCGAAUAUAAUGGUUAUGCCGGCUCACAGCCUGGUGGAGUCGGCGCUACUCGUCAUAUGGUGGACCUACCUACUGAUGUUACCUCCACGCCAACACAUCAGCUGCUAUCAUAA